GUGUCCCCGCUACCUUACCAUAGGCAACCGCCCGUACAACUUUCAAGGGGCGCGAAUACAAAACCAGAACCAAGGCUAGGAAAUGAAAAUGGCGAAUGAAGAACCGGGAUCUCCAAAUGGAAAUGUCCAUCGAACCUCGACGGCUGUUCCUUGGGCACGUGCGCUAAGUGCGCCUAAGGAUGACGAACCAAAGGCUUGGCAGCAGAUGUCAGUUUUGGCGGCGGCAUCAACCGGAAUCUGAAAUCGAAGCACGAAACCUCUACAACGCCGACUGACAUCCCGCGCCGCUAGCGGGCGAUUCAGCAACACUACGACUAAUAACAUGAAGAACGGAUUAAGUUGAAAUAGAGAAGGACAGACGAAAAGAAGAGAGUACAGAAGAGACGAAAACACCAUGUUCCGACACUCGACAGUUCGCCAGCUCGCCCGGCCUCCAACAGCGGCCAACUCCUUGCGAGUUCAAGUCCCCCGUCGGACGUUAUUCUCCCGUCGGAGCGAAAGGAGCUCAGGACGGGCCGUUGAAAACCUGAAUCUCCGGCGUCUGUCACAACAGUCGGAGGAGUAUCACCGCAACCGGCGCAUUUUCCUUUGGUCCGGGGUCGUGGCCGGCGUCAUCUCCUCCAUCUACACGGCCUGGAAACUUAAAGUCGCAUUGUCCAACCCCGCAAAGCUCGACACCAGCCUCCCCUCUUCAGACCCGCUUCUUGCGCCUAGCGCAGCAGACCGCAAAGUAAUUGUCCACGACGAGGAAGGCCGCGAGAUUGUGCCGACGGGCAACAGCACAGUCCCAACCUUUCCUCGCACCCUCAACCUACCGUCCUACACGAGCCCGAUAACCACCCCCUCCCCGACCUCGCCCCAUGCCCUCACCACAACACAAACGAUAACCACCCCAUCGGGCACGACCGAAUACACCCUCGUCGGCCUCGGCCUGCGCACAGUCACAUUCCUCAACCUCCAAGUUUACGUCGUAGGCUACUACGUCGCGACAUCGGACAUCGCCGCGCUCCAGAACGCCCUCACCAAGAAGGUCAACCCGAUCGCCACGACCCUCGUGCCGAGCGAGCGCGAGCAGCUGAGCGCCGCGCUGCUCGACCCGGCCGAGGGGGAGCGCACCUGGGACGAGCUGCUGGCGGCGGGCGUUCCCGCGCGGUCCGCGUUCCGCGUCGUUCCCGUGCGCGACACCGAUUUCCACCACCUGCGCGACGGCUUCGUGCGCGCCGUGCAGGCGCGGGCCGGCGCCGAGACCAUGGCGGACGAUGCCUUUGGCGAGGCCAUGCGGCAGUUCAGGGCCGUGUUCAGCCGCGGCAGCGUGCCCAAGCGGAAGGAGCUGCUGCUGGUGAGGGAUGAAACGGGGCGGUUAAGUAUUACAUAUAAUGGCGGGUCGUAUAAAAACGAUGGCCGGUUUGGGGGCAGGCAAUUGAUUGGGAUUGUGGAGGACGAGAGGCUGUCUAGGGCGCUGUGGCUGAACUACCUGGCCGGAAAGAAGGUCGCCAGCGAGCCGGCGAGGAAGAGUAUCGUCGAAGGCAUCAUGGAGUUUGUGGAGCGGCCUGUCGGCACCGUUGCUUCGCAGGUCGUGCCUGUUGUGGAUGCGAAAGCAUAGGUCGUGGCGCCAUCGAUGUGCCCAGCGCCGCGUGUAUUCUGGUUGUACGAAUGAACAUGUCAACAAACGGUAGCAGGCCGCGCAUUUGGUGAAGUUGCUACGAUUGACCUCUGCUCUACUGUACACACAACUGUACACCUAACCAGGCCUCGCUGCGUCUAUUGCCGUCUAUGAUACUUCUUGGGUACCCUACUCCAAGCACGGCCCCCUGCUUAGAGGGCGCCAGCCUCCUUCAGCAGCUCCUCGAUCUUCUUGCCGUUCUUGCCGUUCUUAACGACCGCUUCGAGGUCCGAGUUGCCGCCGAUGUGGACGCGGUUGAUGAAGAUGUUGGGGACGGUGCGCUGGCCCGUCAUCUUGUGCAGCGCAUUCUGAAUGUCGUCGCCGUCGUCCUCCUCGUUAAGCUCGACGGCUUUGUACUUGGCGUUCAGCCCGUCAAGGAUGCGCUUCGUGUUGUUAC